AUGGCCGGGAAGGUGGCGCUGCUCCUGUGGGCCCAGACCCUCGGCCUUGCAGGUGCCCAGACCACCCAGCUCCUGGUGGAGCCCCCCUGGAGGCCGGCGGUGAUGUGGGACCGGGUGACCCUGACCUGCCAGGGCUCGGGGACCACCGGUGCCACCACCUGGUACAAGGAUGGGCAGCGCUGGGGGCAGGAGGGACGUGACCGCCUCAGUGUCACCAUGAGUGGCACCUACACAUGUGACAGACCUGGCAUCAGUCUCAGUCCCCCCGUAGCAGUGUCCCAGGACUGGCUGGUGAUGCAGGUGCCAGCGCGGGCACUGCUGGAGGGGGACACAGUGACACUGCGCUGCCAGGGCCGGCAGGAAAACCAUCUCAGCAGGGUGCGAUUUUACCAGGAUGAGAAGGAUCUCGGGGGGUCCCUCAGGGGAACCGAGCUGUCCCUGUCCCCCCUGGAACUUCACCACAGCGGCCGCUACAGCUGUGCAGGCUUGGUGGGGUCCUGGCAGUCCCGGUCUGCAGCAGUGACAGUGACAGUGCACAGGGUCCCGCCCUUGGGGGUGUCCCUGUCAGCACAGCCCCGGGGACAGGUGGCACUGGGGGACAGCCUGGUGCUCAACUGCUCAGUGACCAUGGGAACAGGUCCCCUGUCCUUCUCCUGGCACCAGGAGAGCUGAGGGGCACUACUGGGCACCAGCCCCCGCCUGGAGCUGCGCCACGUUGGGGACAAUGACAGCGGCCAGUACCGGCGCCGGGUCAGUGACGGGGACAGCGUGGCUGAGAGUGACCCCAUGAAUGUCACCGUCCUGUUGCCCGUGGCCAAUGCCACCAUCACCCCCAGUCCCCUGUCACACCAGGUGCGCGCAGGUGACAACGUGACCCUGCACUGCUCAGUGCAGGUGGGCUCAGCCCCUGUCACCUUCACCUGGCUGUGUGACGGCCAGAAGGUGGCCCAGGGUCCCCUCCUGCAGCUCAAUGAUGUUGAAGUGGGACAUUGGGGCACCUACCAGUGCGUGGCCACCAACCAGCUGGGACAGGACCGGCACCGCGUGUUCCAGGCACAUAGCCCUGAGCUGGCCCUGGAGGUGACACCUGGCUCACCCUGGGUCACAGUGGCUGCAGGGGUUGGUGGGGCCCUUUCCUUCCUGGUCCUCCUCAUGGCUGUCACUGUCACCUGGCACUGGUGGCAUCAUGUGGGUGGGUGA